CUGACCCGUCACGGCCACCAACGGGCGAGCAUUUCGAUGUUCAUUCCCUUUCCCCUGUUCCUCGCAGUCUGCUCAUCCUCUUCUCUUCAGUAGCAGUCAGUAGUAACUCACUUUCCUUCUCCUCAACCACCACCCUCCUCCCUACGUGCUCGCCGAUCGAUGGAGUGGACACCAAAGCAGCAGGCUCUCGGCGGCCUCGGCCUCGCCGGCGUCUGCCGGGAGACCUGCCGUGUGAUCCGCCGCGCCAUGCUCCCCAACUUCGUCAACCUGGGUCCCCCGCUGCUCUCCGCGCUCUUGCUCGCCACCUCCGCCGCCAUCCGCGCCCUCUGCUCCCGCGUCCUCGCCGACCUCCACCACAACGGCCCCAGCCUCCUCCGCCUCGUCACCGACCGGCUCGCCUUCUUCCUCUUCGUGGCCGUCUCCACCGGCCUUGUCCUCCUGCUCGUGCUCCUCUGCACCGCCGCCUACGUCUUCUGCGUCGCCUCCCUCUACUGCACCGGGGGCGACCUCCGCGCCGCCGAUCGCGUCCUCAGGGGGUUCCCCACGGUCCAGCUCACGCGGCUCGGCUGCACGUUGCUCCUCGCCGCGGUCCCCUUUCUCGUGGUCGACACCUCCCUCUUCGUCGCCAGCUGCAGGACCUGCUUGGCGCUCCAGCUCCAGGACCUGCUUGCCGCUCCGGACAAGGACAAGAUCAUGCUGACGAUGUACCUGCUCGCAUGGGCCGCGUGCCUCGCCGGCGCGGCCUACGUCGCCGUGGUCUGCCAGCUGGCCUGCGUGGUGUCCCUGCUCGAGGAUGCCAUGCUCUUCCGCGCCCUGCGCAAGAGCCGUGCGCUCCUCGCCGGCAAGUUCUGGGAGGCCGCCGGCGUCUUCGUCACGCUCGACGGCUGCAUCUUCGCCGUGCUGGUGGCUUUCCCGGCUCUGGUGGUGGACGACGCGCUGGGCCUCGGCCUCGGGUUCCAGCUGGCCGCCGGGGCGGCGAUGGCGGUAGUUCUGUGCGCGGUGGUGCUGUUGACGCUGGUGGCGCAGCCGGUGGUCUACAUGGUGUGCAAGAACCACCACCACGAGGUCGUCGACAAGGUUCACCUCGACUGAGUACGAGCGGCCGCCGUCACACCGGCGUGGAGCUGCUGGAGCCCGUCUCAGACGAAGCAGAUUGCAGCAACUCUGCCUAGCAGCUGCAUCCUGUCCACGAUUCCACGGUGGUAGCUACGUGAAGAAGAUUUGACUUAAGUAGUACAGUAGAUUAGUAGUAAGUUGCUCUAGUUGUAAGUUUAUGUGUGAUUAUCACUGUAGCGUCGUAAGUUUAUGUGUGAUUAUCACUGCACCGGAUAUGCAUGCUUGGGAGAUUA